CGGGCGCCAUCUUCUUUUCCUAGUGUAUUGUUUUGAGACGUGCUCAUGUAAACCGUUCCGUCGAAAAUAUUUAUUCUAAAAUAAUUAUUCAUUUUGUUAGGUUAAAACUAUCUUGCGGUUGCAUUUUUAGUGUACGUAUUUAUUGACAAUAGUAUGUGAGAUUGCGUACUUUUUAUUUAAUAAUAUAACAACACAAACAAACCAGCUUGUUUCCUUGACCUGCACCGCUUGUUUGUGUACCUUUUUAAGUUUUUAUCUUGGAAUCUUGGCGCAGUCAGUGAGAAUCCCGCUCACUAUCGUCUACCGUCAACUUAGUAGAACUCUAGUCUAAUUCAUAUUUAUUAUAAAUCAAUCAAGUCCUUGAUAAAAAUCAUUGUGUCAAAGGCAUGCUGAAUCACUCCUCAAUCCUGGAAUAGUUUCACUAUCAACAAGAAUCAAUUUCAAGAGGAAUUUGUAAAAAAUCAAGCAGCAUUAAAAAAAAUCAAGCAGCAUAAUACAGUUUUUCCUCAUUUUUUGUAUCAAGGCCAACCCGAAGUUCUGAAAUAAAUUUUAAAAAGCUGGUGUGAACUAUUAUAGCAGAAAUAUUUUAAAAACCUGUGACAUUAUCCAAAAAAGGCUUGAAAAGAACUUUUUUAAAAAUGCAUUAAUCCUGCUCCAUUACGAUUCCAUAUGCUGAAAUACAUUCAUAAUAGUCAUGUGAAGUUCGUUUAAAACAUUAUCAAUCCACUAUAUUGAUUAGUCCUUCAAUUUUCUUUAAAGACUACAUCAAUCAUUAAAAAGAUGCAGUAUUAGAAAAUAAAACAAGCAAGGAGGCUUGUGCCUGGACCGCAGCUCACAGUAUAGAAAAUAACAGUACCUAUAGAGGCUCGGCAGGAUAAAGUGAUGCAAGCAUUGAUUUAAAUUGAACCAUCCAACGCUUACGAAGCUGGCAGCAAUUUUCAAAAUGGACAUGUCUUAGCAGAGUAAAUUUUAAUAAUUUAAGAUAUGUUAUUCUACAGGUCUCAAUUCAAUGUAAAUAAUCUGCUUAAGAAAAUUUAAAAGUGAAUAUUUAUGUAAAUUAUCACCCAUUUCAAGUGCCUUAGAUCUCAAGUGUUUGAAAGGAUUUUUAUUUCUCAAAUCAUUAACCCCAAGCCACCAACAUUCUGUAAGCUGGACACAUUUUUUGCUUGUGGAUGUGAUUGUAAAAAGGUGAAUAAUGUGCUUGUGAUUGGAAUUUUAUAAAGUGAUGGCUGAAAGCAAUGUGCCCAAGCAGGAUUUCGCACCACCAUGGCUUAAGUUUCCAACCACAGAUUCUUCAAAAUCUCAAAGUCAAAAGCUAAGUAAUUACCAGGGUGAAAGAAAUCGACAGCGUAGAGAAGAUCCAUAUCAUCCACGAUCUGAUUAUAAUAGACUUCAUAGACAAACUUCAUUUGAUUUUCAUGAUUCUAAACGCUAUCCUCCAAGCCAAGGAAAAUAUCGCCACCAUUCUGUGGAUGAUGAUUAUUAUGGAUAUCCCUAUAAUUAUGGGUACUAUGCACCUAAUUACAAUUAUGAAAAAUACAGUAUGCAAUACAGCUCACAGCCUUCUCUAGCCCGUCAAGGUAGUCGUGAUACGAAGUAUAAUCCUGGUAGAUUUCCUCAGGUGAAUGGUGCAGAUUUUAGUCCUCAUUACGAGCUUUAUGAACCCCCUUACUACCAUCAAGGUCCUCAUAAGCGUAGUCAUUAUGACAAAGACUAUCAUAAAGAUACUAGAGAUGAUGAUGGGAAAAACAAAAAUAAAGGAAAUGAGAGAGACCGACCUUUCACUGAUGAUUUUCCCUCCCUUGUUGGUUCUGGUGAAACUGUGACAGAAGUGAAACCAACUAAACCUGCAUCUGGAGUUUGGGAGAACCCCCCUAAGCCUAAUAGAAAUGAGGAAUCUCCUGAUUUGUUAAAGAAUACAUCACCUGGAAUCUACAAGGCAUUAGUUCCCAGUAAAAAUGGUCAAGUAAAAAAGAAUGGUCGUGAGCCAGUUCGCAUGAAUGGCAGCAUUAGAGAUUCAUCACCACUUAGUCCUUCUAAUAAAACUAACCAUAAAGAGGUAACUCGUCAGAGCCCAACUCCAGAUCUGGCUAUUGUUACCCAGCCAAAAAAGCUUGGGGAUAAGAAAAGCGAUUUCCUUAGAGCAAUUAGAAAUGAGAGUAGCCCACGAAAUGGUGAUAGUUACCAAGACCAAAAUCAAAAUGCAAUUGACAAGAAACAGCCGGUGAAAGACUCUGAUGAGAGCCCAAUGAAUGAAGAAAUUACAUAUAGUCAAAUGAAUGGGAACCAUAUUGGUGAAAAUGAAAGUGGCAAACAUGGUGUUAAUAGUUCAUUAAAAGUUAAUGGGGAUUUUAGCAAGACAGUAAAUGGAGAAUCUUAUGGCAAUGGUGAAGCAUUAAUCAAUGAGGUGGAUCACAUUAAUUUAUCUGGAGAAGAGGAAGAAAAGAGGUUACUUUUGUCUAUGGGCUGGGUGGAGGAAGACAACACUGAGUAUGUUAUUACAGAUGAUGAGAUUAGAGAGUUCCAACAUAGGCUAAAAAAUCACUGCAAUGGUCAGAAAAAUGGACUGAAAACAACUUUGCGUAAUGCACUCAACUUCAAACCAGAGAAUAACUUCACCAAUGGUCUGCUAAACGCUACUCUUAAUGAAUCAGAAGAAAAUGAUAAAAACAAGACCUUGUGAUACCCAGAGUUGCCAUUUCAACACUUCAUACAGUGGAAGAGAUGGGUUUAUUUUUUUAUUUAAAUUUAAGAUAUAUAUUAUUGAUCAGGUUUUAUUGUCAGAGAUCAAGAAGCCUGAAGUAUUCCAGAUGUUAAUUUAAUUUUUUUUUAUAUAGGAGAUAAAAAUCUAUGGACCAAGGAAAUGUAAAAUGUGUGGAUAAAAAAAAAAUACAAAUAAAUUUUGAAGGAAAAGGUUUUAAGUUUUUUUGUUUGAAUAUUUCUGUCUCAGUUGUUGCAGUGGCUAAUUUCUUUUAGAUUCCUGUGUGGUAUUGCCUGCAUGGUAGUUCAAUAUAUCUGCAGAAAAUUUGUUAAAAUCCAUUUUAUUAAAUGCCUACAUUUUAUUACAGAGUAACUUCAUUUUCAGAAUAUGCUUUGAAAGCACACAUUAAUUAUUGGGGCAAUAGAUAAGCAAAUCCAAAAAAAAAAUAUCCCUGGCUUUCUUUUGUUAAAUUAUCAUGUUAGUGAAUGUAUCUGUUAAAAUAGAGAAAUGUCUGAAAACACUGAUAUGCAGACUUUUUGUGUUUGAUUUUAAACGACAUUAUUCUUAAGCACCAUUUUUUUCUUGUCAACUUGUAAAUCUCAUUCAGAAGUGUUAAUAUUUUUAGUCCAGAAUGAUUGGUACUUCAUUAAGAGGUAGAGACUCUUUAAUAAUUUUGUUUGUGUACAUAUUAUUUCAAAAAACCCUUUUCAUAAUUUCCUAAUGUGAUGACACAUUGUAUAGAGUGCUGUAGCCAAUUAAUGCUACCUAAAUCAACUUUUUUAAAGUAAAUAUUUCCAUAGCUCUUAUAAUUGAGUGUUAUAAUGAAAGCUUUUUUAUUGUAAAUAAGUUAUUAAAAAAUUGUUUAUAGCAUGUGCAAGAUCUAGUUUUAAAAUAAAAUCCUUUUGUAAAAUUUACUUAAAAAUUUGUAAUCCAAAUGUUUACAUGUGUUUAAAUGAUUGUGACAAAACAUUUCUGAAUUACCGGUAUUUAAAAUUACAGAAACAGAUUAUUGCUUAUGUGACAUAACAAUAUUAAGCAUAUCAGUAGACCUUUUAAAAUUUUAUUGUUGAUUAGUAGUCUUUCUAAAGUUGUUCAUCUUUUUUAAAAAGUGUUGAAUAGAUAUUUUCUUCUAUAUAUUACAUGCUUGCAAACUUUCUCUGACUAAAGUAUUUUAAUUUAAAAGUUAUAUAUGUGUAUACAUACACAUGUGCGGUACUUACAUCAUUCAGUGGUGGAUUUUAUUUAAACAAAUUCAGAAAAUGUAUUGGUGCUCACAAUACAUUCCAUGGUUUACUAAAAAAAACAAAGAAAUUGUGCAGUUGAAAUCAUAAUACAUACAAAUAAAACAUACCAGUAGGAGGCAGUUCUAAGACACAUUUUGAUUAGAAUAACGUGUAAAUGAAAUGUUUUCCUGUUUCAACAUAUUCAGUGCCUUCUUCACAACUUAAAUUCUAAAUGUAUGUAUUCUUUUCUUAAAUUAUUUCUUGCAUUAUCAUAUUUCACAGUAUGAAAAUGAUGAAAUGCACUCUCCACUUUCAAAGGCUACUUUCCCCCUCUGUUAAUAAAAUGGUGGCUAAGCAGGAAUAAAUACACAACGGUUGUUUUAAAAAAUUGUACUUUUCUGUAUUUCUUUACAUUUAAUUUUCUAUAAAUGCGAAUAUUUUAAAUAGAAGUCCAUACUAGUUGUAAUGGUGUAAAUACAUUUAAAAAAUUGAUUUAUUGUUCUAAUUCCAAAGCAUUGAUAUCUAAAUGGCAAUGAAGAUUUUAGAAUAACAAUUUAAAAAUUUGAGAUUUUUUUUCCCUUGUAACCGGAAUUACAUUACUCUGUGAACUGUUUUAAUUUUUCUAAAGUUUUAUUUGGAUUGGUUUGUUUUGCUUGUAGAACUUUCUUAUAGAAAUUUUUUUUUUUACAUUUUUCACUGGCUAUGGUUUACUUGCUAAAUUCACCCUUUAAAUUCAGUAAUAAGGUCUCACAGAUAACAGCUCAUUAAAAAAAAUUUAAUGUAUGAUCAUAAAAAUUAAAAUUUGUAUAAAAAUUUUAAACUUUGCUUUUUUUUUUAUUCAAACCCUUUUCAGGAUAUCUCAUUAAAAAAUUUUUUAUUGCCAGUGACUAAUAAUUUAUGCCUACUUUAUCAUUUGUUUUAAAAUUCUAAGCUCUUCAAUGAAAAGCAGUUGUUUCUUUUAAUUUCAUGUUCAUUAUUUUCAUAACUUUAACUUUAUUCUAUUUAACUUAUCAAUUUAAAAAACAAAUUUUGUGUGUGUGGAUAUAAUACUAAUUGACAUAAUAAUUCCAUUCAUCCUCCAAAAUCACAUCAGCAUAGCCACAAGUUUCAUCACUUGGAAUAAUAAAAUGUAACGAGUAAAAGAAAAUUAUUUUUGACUUCAGAUGAGAAUGAAGUUUUUUCUUUAGCUUAAAACUGAAAGCAUUUUUAAAAUAUAAUUUGUUACUAAAGAAACACUGUUUUCUUGUAUCAAAUUUGUAACGGUUAAUGUAUUUUUUGUUUAGUUUGCAGAAGCAGUUAAUUGCAAAGUAUUUUCAUGUGUGACAGGAUUGAAACAUACCAAUAAGUGACAAUUUGUAAAAGGUGUUGCUAAAUUAGAUGCACUUUGUUAUAUUCAGUAGCAUAAGAUUGGGUUUUUUGAAUAAUUAAAAAACAGAUGAAUGUAACUUAACCAAAUGAAUUAAGCUUAAUUUUAUGAAAUGAUCUUGAUUUUGCUUGUGUACCAAUUAAAAUUGUUGUUAGAUACAUUGUUACGUCAUUGAAAUUGCUGUUAUUAAAACUAAGCUUACCUUACAGAGUUAAGUUAUUCAAUACUGGUAGCUUUACAGAUUGAUUUAUUUCUUCAAGAGGUAUUUUGUUUUUAGAAUUCAACUUGUGUUUCUGGCACUAAUUUAUUUUAAACAAGUAUCAGGAAAACAAGUUGAGGAUAAUGUUAAAAUGUCAGGUAUUAAUGAAAAUGCUUAAAUCACAUACCUUAGUGUAAUUGUUCUAGACUUUCUCUGCUUAAAUGACAGUAACCCUAGCUCUGUUAUUUAAACCACAUUAAUGUACACAAUGUGUUGCAUCUAGUAUUUAAGUAUGGCUUGUAGUGGCUAAUAAUGCAUUGCUAAUCUUAAUAUAAAUAAUUUAUUCAGCUUGUGGCAUGACUAUAAGGUGAAACUACAAAGAACUGGCAGCUAUAUUUUUUAAUCAUUGUUUUCACCCUUAUUUCUUCCCCCGACCUACUCACUUUUAUUAUUUAACUCCUAUAAAGUUUUCAAAUGGAUUUCAUUAUAUUUAUAAAACCUUGAGUUUCUACUACAAUUAGCUUUGGAGCAGCUAGUGUUUUGAGCAUCAGAUGUAUACAUUCAUCCAUCCCUUGCAAAUGUAAAAUGCGUCAUUCAAUAGAGUUGAAUACACAUUUAUUAUUAAUGUUCAAUUUGGUCCAGAGUUGGGUUUUUUUUUUGUUUUGGUUUGCUUUUUUUUUUUUUUUUUAAUUAAAAUUUUGUGUUCAGUGUUAUGUUUCGCUUGUAUGCCAGUCUGAACAGAUGUCCAAAGAAGAACUAAAAGUCUAAAGGGUAUGCAUGCCAUUUUCAGUUAGUAUUCACUGGCUGCUGUUGUUUUUUUUUUUCUUCAUGUCUUACAUUCUAUGGUUUAGAGUGUUAAAUUGUUAUUUUUAAUGCAUAUUACAAUUGUUAAAAUAAUUAACAGACAUAGCAAAGUAACAUUUGCCCUGCUUUUGUUUUUCACUUCAUCGGGUUGGCCCCCUUUGAAUUGUCAUUGUUCGCUCAAAUGCUGUAUUGAAUAAAAAGAUGAGUCCUAAUGUACUUUUACUAUGAA